GUAACCCGAAUACAAAGUAGGCUUUGUCCUUAACCUCGUCCGACUUGUCAAUAUCCCAGCCCCGGAUAGGUCAGUAUCAUCUUCCACUCCGACCAUAACGCACACCUAAAAAUAAGUGAAAAAAUCACUCUAGCUUCCGAAAUAAGUUACAGUACUCGUUCGUUUUCUUUAUGUGAAUUUGAAUACAAAAUAUUUCCAAACGUGUUAAUCCGAUAAGCAAGUUUCUAUCACUGACAUAUAGAACACGAAGUUUGAGAUGGCCUCGCUACGGCGGACACAUGGCGGCGGUCGCGACUUCCUGCAGGAAAACAAGCAGAAUGUCGCCCGAAUGGAGACCAAUGGCAGGUGCCUGGCGGCGGCCCAUGCCCGCCGGGUGCCCCUGUGGCGUCCGGUGGUGCUCCACUACUCGGAGCCGUUGCGUCCCCAUGGAUACAAUAGCCAGGAGCGUCAUGCCUCCCACGAAGCCCCCGAUCUGAGGAGCGGUCUGGCCCAGCCGUAUGGCUUCAGGUCCGCGUCACUUCCCAGGUUACCGAAUCUGUGCGACAUGGCCCAAAAUAUGGCGGUGCGCAAGGAGCAGGAGCGCAUGCAGGGCGGCUGGGAGGAUCAGCAGAAGAAGCCGUCGAUGGGGUGCUGCAACGGCUGCCACUGUCAUCACGGCCCUCACGCCCAUCAGGGUCACCAGGCCGAGGCAGGGUCUCUUCGUCAGGGUCACCAGGCCGAGACAGUGUCCCUCCGUCAGGGUCAUCAGGCUGAUACAAUGUCCCUCCGUCAGGGUCACCAGGCCGAGCCGAUGCCGCCCCAUCAGUGUCACCAAGGAGGAGGGGAUGCUCCCACUAAGGGUCACCAAGCCGAAAAGGAAGUAAAGAUGUCCAAACAGGGGGAAGGUGAUCAGGCCGAUCGCGUUUCCCUGGUUUCACGAGCAUCCCGCGUGUCUCGCCGUUCCCAGAGGAUCCCCAACCACGCCCAGGAGAACGCCGAUCCCGAGGCCCCCUUGAGUGCCCGCAGCAGUGCCUCGGCCAAGACUAUCAAGUCCAAGAGAUCCGUUUCCCAGGAGAGUGUCCGUUCGAAUGCCACCAUCAAGUCUAAUAUAUCAGUGGCCUCUAGGAGCACCACGGCCUCGAAGAGAUCUCAAGUCAGUCGCAAAUCGCAGAUGAUGGAGGUAAUGCCGCCUCCAACGCAUUUGCAGGACCAGAAGCCCCGGGAAGGGGAAGUGGAGAAGGCACCGCCCACCGCCUACGAGGGCUACACACCACUGACCACCACCGAACGUAAUGCUGCACUCCAGGAUGCCCAGUUCAAGUAUGGCAAGCUCGUCGAGGAAUACAACCAUCUGCCCGUUUCGGAGCCCACUUUGCGCGUGCGCAAUCGCAAGAUGGCCAUCGAACGUCAGCUGGACGAACUGGACUAUGCCAUCAAUAUGUUCGAUCAGCCCAAUCUGGAUAUGUACUACAAGAAAUGAUGAUCACAACCCGCUCGUUAAUCGUUUAAAAGAAUGUUGCCCAUUUCCAAAUUGAGUUGUUUGCCACAAAACCAUUCGGAAACCUUACUACAGACAUAGAAGGGUUCCGAAUUCAAAAAAAUCUCGAGAAAAUAACAGAAAAAGCAUGGAAUUGCUACUAAACUUACACAAAUUUGAUGCCCAAUGGCAUACAAAUGCAAACUUUUGAAUGAAAUGCACUAAUCAAGAAACUAAAACAUAAAAUUCAAACAAAAUUACACUAGCCUGAAGAAGAGGACUCAAGUUCAGAACUAAUUAUGAAGAACUGCAACCAUGAUAAAUCAAAUGGAAAUACGAAAAUCAAAAACAUAAAUUCGAAUGGGAAUACGAAAAUCAAGAACAUAAAAACGGAGGGGAAUACAAAAAUCAAGAAUAAUAAAUCAUGGGUCAUACGAUUAAUA